AUGUAAAAACUACACAGACCAAAUCUUCGCACUCAGAGACGUUGCGGACUUGGUGACAUCAUCAAGCAAUCUGACAUCUACGGAGAGCAGUUCUCACUGACUUUCCAGGGUGAAUAGAAGUUCAAAACCUGGCCAGGGGCUCUAACUUCACUCUCAGUCAUUGCAAUAAUUUUAGCAUACUUCAGUUUCAGGACAUAGAUCAUGAUAUUUAAAUAAGAUAACAAGACAAGUGUGACAACACAAUUGGUAGAUAUCACUCAGUUCGAAAAGGCAUUCUAAGCCACGUAGGAUUAAAACUUUAUCAAUUUUAUAAAUAGUGACUUUGGGUUCGACAUUGCAGCAGGGACAAGGCCCAAAAACAUCGAAAUGAGAAAUAGAACUGACUACGAAUUAGAGACAGAAACUUGCGGAACUGAAGGAUAUAAUUAUACAAAUAAAGAUGAGGUUGUUCUUAAGCAAGUCUCGAUUGCUCAAUGUGUCAAAGACAAAUCAAUGUUGAAAAUGAAGGGUACUCUUUAUGGAAAGAACGCUUAGUUCCUAGAAAUACGAGUCCAACCCUGUAUCGAUCCCACUAAAGAAAACAACAUCAAUUCCACCAUAUGUGCAACAUUUGAAGAACAAGCUGUUUGGUGGAAGAAUGUCAAUCUUCUCGUUUACCCUGUGAACACCUAUUUUGAUUUCAGUGAUUUCACAAAUCCAGUCAAAUACUUCAUAGACGAUACUAUAUUUUUCCCAAUCAUGCCCAGCCUUGGAAAGUAAUCAUUUAUAUAUGUGCGCCAAAGUUUUACCAACCUUAACGAUGAAUUUUUCUCAUUUGAAUCAGGGAUGAACAAGUCAUUAUAUUCCAUUUAAAGAUAAAAAGAUGUCAUCAUGGAAACUUCUUACAGGGGGAUCACUUAUGUUUCUGUAUAAGUUAGACUUGAUUCCUAUUAAGAUACUUACAACAGACAAAUAUAUGGCCUUAUGGACCUGCUGGGAGAUGUUGGGGGUGUAUAAACUAUUUUCAUAGUUGUAGGUUCUCUAUUGACAGGAAUGUUUGCUGAAAGACUUUUGUAUGGAAAAAUGAUGAAUUAAAUUUAUCAUGCCAAAAUUAAAUAGCCAAAGAAUUAACAUAAAAGAAACCUAUUUGGGACUAUGAAAGUUCCAAAAACACCGCAUAACUCAGCAACUUCAAUAUAAAAAUCUAAUUAGUAUCGGCCAAUGGGAUUUUCAGAGGAUGAAGAGAAAGGAUCCUAGUUAUCUACGAAGUAGAAUUCAAAGACAAGUGAUUCUCCAAACAAAAUCAAAGAGAUACUAUUCAUCAGUAGAAGAAAAAUUAUGAACACAAUCUUGAAUAGAUAAGUUUUCUAAUAUUCGGCUUGUGAUAUAAUGAAAGAGUUCCUCUGCUGCUUCAACUGCAGAAGAAUGAAAAGUAAGAAAGAAAUCUAAAGAUUCAGACAGCAAUAUCUAUAUCAAAAAGCUAAGAAAAAGAUUGAGUAAAAAUUUGAUGCUCUUAGUUUGAUUAAAUUCAUGCAUCAAAUGUAACUUCUUGGCCCAACAUUACUUGAUCAAAAUUAGCAUCUUCUCAUGCACUUCCAAAAGAAGUAACUACUCGAUUCAGAUUAGUCAAGCGAGGAUACUGACCUUGAUGAUCAAACCACUAUCAAUAUUCUUAACAAUGGCAAGAACCCUUUCGUAAAAUUAAUGAUCCUAGGCAGAAUCAAUCAAAGAGUAAGGGAAAUAUUGUCGAAGAAAAAGCUCACUCAUGUGGACACAAAAUUACUCAAAGGGCUGUUUACAAGAAUGAGAACAGACAAAGAUCCUCCUAAAGGAAUUAAUGAUACUUUUAGACCAAUUCAUUGUCAAUCUUAAAGUAAGGAAAGCAAUCACUAAGCUGGAAUCGUCAGAAAAUUCAAAAGCUUUGUGUUAAGAAACUCAGUUGAAAAUCCUCUAUUCGAAAAUCGAGAGAAACUUUCAGUUCUUGAAAGCAUUGAGGACUUCUUAGAGCAUAAUGACAUCUAAGAGAUAGGUUUAAACAAUCCAAUAAUAUCCAGAGAGAACUCUGAGAUAAGACCUCCUCCCAAGGCAGCUAGCAAAAGAUACUCCACAAGAAGAGGUUAAGCCUCUUAGUUUAGUGAUGAAGAGAAGAAACCUCAGAAAAUAUUUUCUAAAAGAACACAAAAAGCUAAUGGUCUUAAUACUGGGGCAGAUUUGAGAACUUAAGAUGCUACAAAUCUAACCUAUGUGCCAAAUACAGCAUCAAGAAGACUUAAAGAAACAGUAGAAGAGCAGUCAAUCUAAGAUGACUUUGAAAUGGAUGGCAACUAUAUAUAAAAAUAUAUGGCACCCUCCAGCAGAAGAAAAAGUCCAGAUAAGAGACAAGAAAAAUCAAAGAAAUCGUCUAAGUAGGAUUAUAAUAAUGACCAAGAUUCCUCUAGAGUCAUGAUUUUACAAAAGAAACUCAAGAUGCAAGAUAAAAAACACAAAAAGGGCAAGGAAAGUGAGAAAAUGCCCAAACUUAAUUUUCCUUCUGACUCUGAUUGA